AACGUGUAAAGUGGCUAGAUGAUAAUGUAGACGAACUAUUUACUAUGGAACAUUGCAAUUAUAGUAAAGAAUUCAUAAAUACUUCGUCCAAGUCCAGUUCAUCUGAGAAAUUCGAUUCUGAUCACACACCACCAGAAAAGAAGGUGGAUCUGGCAAAAUAA